GAGACGUUCUGUUCCAAUGAGAGUUCAUCUGGGGUUAUAAGACGUUCAUUUCCUCAUCACGUGAUCUGGAAUCACAGCUGAAAAACAGACAGCGCGCGAGACAGAGAAGUCCAUAUAACUCCAAAGACAUGACGGUCAUAGAUGUCUCCCGCUGUACGAUGGAAGUUAUAGAAGUUGAGGAAUUCUUACGGAACCCUCCGCCCGGUUUCACGGUAGAGGCUGGCUACCGAUUCGUGAAAAGCGAUCCUGAAAACUGCUGCGUGUUCAUCGAUGACUUUGAGUUAUCCAGAGUAGGAAAAGUAGUCUUCCAGCACUCGCCAGGAAAGAAAAUCACAGUGCGCAAUUUGGGAGAUUACACUCGCUUCAGGAAGAGCCUAACCUCAAAAAAGAUAUAUAUACUGGUGUCUGCAUGUGAAAGUAAACUUUCAUCGACAGAUAAGAAAUCUCCCAAAAACCUCAAAGUGCUCCAGCGGUAUGUGGUGGCCAUUGAUGGCCGUAACGCUCUGAUCAAGUGGGAGAUGGAGAGAGGCCUGGACAGGACUAUCUCCUCUGUGGCUGGGGAGAGCUACAGGGUCGAUAUUGACCUGGGUGAUGCAUUGCGUGGCUGGGCAGGUGAGAGUUUCUGUCUCCUAGGCGACAGAGAGAAGGUCACGCCCGUGUGGAGGGAUACCUGCUUCACCCUGAAAUAUUACUCUGAUGCCCUCUUCGACUUCCCACACUGGCUCGGCUUCAGUAAACGCCAUUUCAAGAUCUCCUACCAUGGAAUAUGAGACCUUAGCAAUAAUCAAUAAUAGCUAUUUGAUGGGCAAGAAGACUGGACAUAGGCCAAAGAUGAGCUAUUAUAUUGACAAGAUAGCCGAGUGACCGCUCAAACAAUGCAAAUACAUGUCUUCAAUGCUUGAAGGCAAGUGAGGUCAGGAGGGACCAUUCUAGCCAAUGAGAGGGCAGAUACACGUGUGAACAACAGGCACAACCAAGUUGCCGGAAUGCCACCUGCAUCCAUUUAUAUCAGUACAUUUGUAACAGUCUAAAAAUUACAAACUUCUAUUUGAAUCAAAUUAGCCCCAUGUAAUUCAACACUCUCUCAUAGACCUCCAUACAAAAAUGGUCUUAUCUCACACGGAUAUAUUUUGGGCGGAGUAAAUCCUCUCGCUUCGCCUCUUCCCCUCAACCUAGGCCCAUGUUUCAGCGGACAGCGACUCCUGUUAGUUGAAGUGAGACGCUGUCUGCUAUGCAGGAUUCCACCACUGGGAGGAUCUGUUUAUCAGCAGACUGGAUCAUCUCGUUUAGUGUAGGACAUGGGAUGGUCAGUUUAAUGCUGCUGCUUUGAUUUGAGAAUUUACCCCUCUGCUGCACUGUUAUGUUAAUGGGAAGACUGAGUAAGCCAGUCGGCAUGAAACUAUUGUAAGAAUAGCCCAAAAGACUUACAAUAAGUUGUUUUAAGAAGUUCAUAUAUAUACAGCGCCUUCAGAAAGUAUUCACUCCCCUUGACUUUUCCCACAUGUUGUUGUGUUACAGCCUGAAUUUUUGUACAUUGAUAAAAUAGAGAUUAUUUUUGUUACUGGCCUACACACAAUACACCAUAAUGACAAAGUGGAAUUAUGUUUUUCCCCCC